AGACACGGAAGGAUGCCCCGUCUCUCCCGACAACAACACUUUGCAUAAAGAUUUCCAUAUAUUCCAUUCAUGUUGGGUGUGGGUCAUUUAGAUUUGUUCAGUCACUUGACUCCUUCCUUUCCAAACAAUCACAACCCCGUCUUCAGUUUGGCAGGAUCUUAUCUUUGUCUCUCUUCGUAAAAGGACUAGGAGAUGGCUAUAAAGUGAGUUACUGCAUAUUUUAUUUUUGGGGGGCCUUUACCUUUUUUCAGCAGGCAACAGCUUACAGCAACCAUGUGGAAAAUAUCCAGGAGUUUUCUCACUGGUAGAUUGUGUUGCUUUCCCAAGGAUCCACUGCAAGAUGUUGAGACUUGGAGUGAGUCCGUGGACAAAGUCCUCGGUUGUAAAGCCGGGCAGAUAGCUUUCCGGGAGUUCCUGAAGUCCCAGUACAGCGAGGAGAACAUUCUGUUUUGGCUCGCGUGUGAGGAGUACAAAAAAAUCAAGACGGUGCCAGAGAUGAUCUCCUCCGCCAACAGGAUCUACUCUGAGUUUGUCCAAACAGAAGCGCCCAGACAGAUCAACAUAGAUUGCGGCACCAGAGAAAACAUAACAAAGAACAUCUCCAAGCCCUCCCUGACUUCCUUUGAUACGGCACAGAAGCUCAUCUACAGUCUGAUGGCCAGGGAUUGCUACCCGCGCUUCCUAAAAUCUGACAUCUAUCAGGGACUGCUGAGGAGAAGUGAUUCAAGGUGACUGGUUUUCCAAACUGACAGCCUCUCAGAUGGAGGCUCGCCAAAUCCUCUCCCCGACUCUCAUCUGCUGUAUAGCGCUCUUUGAUUUCAGUGUGGAUAACAGGUUUACGCCAUACAAUCCAAAUCCCAAGUGUAGCAGAAAUAGCUUCUUUUUUUUCUUUCCUCAACAUGUGUGAUUCAGUAGACAGUUACAUCUCAAGACAAUUUGCAGCUUGUAUUAUAUCUUAUCUCUUUAAUUAUGUCAAGGUAAAAAUCUUUAAAGGGAUUGUGCACAUAAUUCUUGAAUAAUUACCUUUUUUUGUCCUCCCCAAUGAGAUUAAUUAUAAAAAAGAUGAAUUGUAAAGUAUUAUUAUGCCUUUAUCUAAUUGAUUAUACCAAUAUAAAUCCAAAUAUGUUUUAAAUUGAGUGCAAAUAAAUAUGUGAGUGUGUUGUUAAGUGUCUGUUUCAGAUUUUCUUUCCUGAUUUUUAUUUAUUUAGCUAAAUAUAAAUCAGUUGAAGGACAUUUGAGUGUGGUCCUCUUGAAUGUGAUGCAAAUCUCUUUCUUUGUCGUCUAACCCUAACCUGUCUGUAUACGGUUAUACUGUCAUUGGUUGUAAAAAAAAACACCAGAUGGCAACAAAGUCCUUCAUGCAGUAUCAAUCUGAAACAAGAAGAAGCAACUGAAAAAACAAAAAAGGGAAAAACUGCCUUUGUGUGGUUUACAUCUUUGCUGCAGUUGGAAGCAUUUUGUACAUUGUGUGGAGGAACAAUAUGAAUGUCUUCAUUUAAAUUUGCCAAAAACGGAGGCGUUUAUGCAUCUUGAAAAAGUAGAAGGAUUCAAAUAAUCUGAUGUAAUGGUAAAAUCCUCUUUAAAUAAACGUAUUCUCCCUUAUUUAAAUCUACCAUCAAAAACAGUCCAAACAAUAGUUGUUGCUUUAUCUGUUUGUUUUUUGCUUUGUCAUGCCCAGGACAUGGCGGAUUAUACAAACUUGUGUCAUAGCCUAUGUAAAACGCAUGCAAAUACAAAGGAGCACAACAAAACACAUUUGGACAUAAUGGUCGCAUCCACAAAGAGAGUAAACCCAGCAUGGAGGAAUGACAUUUAACAAUCUUGAAAAAUAAAAUGCUACAUUGUUCUCUUGCCUGUAUGGCCUUAA